AAAACUCCAAUGACUACAUUUCCCACCUCACCAGCCAGUUUCACUGGGGGAGAACCCAGAGGAGUAUCAGCAAAGGAUCAUGGGAGAAAGAGUCCAGAGACAACUGCUGACUUACUACAAAGAGAAGCUGGCCAGAGCUGCACAGAGUACUCCUGUGAUUCAGAGACCUACAGUGUAUGGCGCUGCCACUGCCCAGCAGCCCGGCACUGGACUUGAUGGGUAAUGACAGCCUGCAGGACUGGGAAGUGAUCGGUGGAGGGGGAUUUGGACAGAUCCACAAGGCCAGGCAUAUAAAGUGGAGGUUUGAUGUGGCCAUCAAGUUACUGCAUUAUGAUGAUGGCUCUAGCACUUCCCUGCUUAAGGAGGUAAAAAAUAUGCAGAAGGGAGGGAGCCCCCACGUGGUGAGGAUUCUGGGGGUGUACCAGGGGUGCCCUCCAUCUCCAGGUAGAGGCCUCUCCACCCAGCUGGGUAUUGUGAUGGAGUUAAUGAAGAUAGGUUCACUGGCCACCCUCCAGGCCAGCCUCUCUGGCCCCCCACCCUGGCCCCUGGCCUUUCGCCUGGCCCACCAGAUCGCUCUGGGAAUUAACUUCCUUCACAACCUCCCUCAGCCACUUCUGCAUCGCGACCUGAAGCCCAAUAACGUGCUGCUGGAUGACAACCUUAAUGCAAAGCUUACAGAUUUUGGCCUUGCUGAAGUCUCCCAUAGUGCUUUGAAGACGCCCAGAGAGGAGCCUGGGACAGAAGGAGGCACUCUAAGCUACAUGCCCCCUGAGGCUUUUGAAUCAUCAUAUGAACCAACUCGAGCCACUGACAUCUACAGUUACGGCAUACUGCUGUGGUCCAUCUUCACUGGAAAAGAGCCCUAUUAUGCAGAUAACCCUCAUCUCCAGUCCAGUAUGGUGAGGUUCCGGGUCCCCUUGGGCGACAGGCCCCCUCUGGAGGCAGUGGACAGGGACCAGGCUAGUGGGCUGGGGGAGAUGGUGGACCUCAUGGUGAAUUGCUGGGACCAACAGCCUUCUAAUAGACCCCAUUUCCUGGAUUGCCUCACUGUGACAGAGAGAACAUAUGAGAGGCACAAGCAAUCAAUAAACGACGUUGUCCAUCAAGUGCUCCUUAAACUGGAGGAGGAGAGGAUGAGGAGACAGGAGGAAGAGGAGAGAGAGAGACAGGAGGAGGAGAGGAUGAGGAGACAGGAGGAGGAGAGAGAGAGACAGAAAACUGGUCUAGCUCAUCUGAGGAUAGUUCUGGUGGGGAAGACUGGAGCAGGGAAGAGCGCAACAGGAAAUACCAUCCUGGGUGGGGAGGGGUUUAAAGAAGACUCCUCCCCUGAGUCUGUGACUGCUCAGUGUGAAAAACAGAGUGGAGAGGUGAAUGGAAGGAAGAUUGAUGUGAUUGACACGCCAGGACUCUUUGACACAUCAGUCACUAUAGAGAAAAUGAAAUGUGAACUAGAAAGGUGCUUCUAUAUGUCAGUCCCAGGACCCCACGUGUUCCUGUUGGUGAUCAGACUGGGGAGGUUCACACCUGAAGAGAAGAACACUGUGAAGUGGAUCCAGGAGAACUUUGGAGAAGAAGCCUCAAAGUACACCAUGGUGCUGUUCACUGGAGGAGACCAGCUGAGAAAAAAAUCUGUUGAGCAGUUUGUAGGAGAAAGUGUUAACCUCCAGGAUCUCAUCAGCAAAUGUGGAGGUGGAUAUUACUCUGUCAUCAAUGACAGUGACAGUAGCGCCAACCCUGACCAAGUCCCAGAGCUGCUGAAGAAGAUAGAUGAGAUGGUGACGAGGAAUGGAGGACAACACUACACCAAUGAGAUGUACCAGGAGGUCCAGAGGAAGAUCGAAGAGGAGGAGGAAAGGAAGAGAGAGGAGGAGAGGAAGAAAAAAGAGGAAGAAAUGAAGAAACAAGAGGAGGCGAUCAGGAAACGGGAAGAGGAGGUGAGGAGAGAGGAGGAAAUGAAGAGAGCGGAGGAGUUGAGGAAGAUAGAAGAGGAGAGACAGGAGGAGAGAAGGAAGAUGGAAGAGGAGAGACAGGAGGAGAGGAGGAAGACGGAAGAGGAGACGAGGAAGAUGGAAGAGGAGAGACAGGAGGAGAGGAGGAAGAUGGAAGAGGAGAGGAGGAAGAUGGAAGAGGAGAGGGGGAAGAUGGAAGAGGAGAGGAGGAAGAGGAGCAGGAGAAAUUGGUUCGAGCGGGUUUUAAACCUUUAACCUUGUUGUGGCCAGCACCAUGCUCUAACCCAAUGAGCGGAACUGUGUGUACUUUCAUCUUUAUACAAACAUUAACCAGACUUUUACCGUCAUAACAUUCCAUAAUCAUACCAAUCUUCAACUUACCUCUCACAUUAAAUCCCUGUUAUUCAAUAAAUACAAAAACAUGCUGACUAUUA